AUGUCGAGCCCAGCGACGGCGUUCUCAUCCGCACACAGACUCUAUGUAAAAUCGCUUUAUAGACGAUACCUCAAGAACGCCCUGGAUUGGACCGUCAGACGCGACAUUUGGCGAGGGCAGGCGAUGCAAAUUCGGGCAGAGUUCGAGGUCAAUCGAAACGUGUCGGACCCUCGGGGGUUGGCUGAGAUCCUGCAGAAGGCAGAGGCACACCUGGUAGAUAUGAAGCAUCCAGAUCCCUGCGUCGCACCGACUGCCCCCGGCGGCACGAAAUGGGAGCGCAACCUUCCUCCUAGCAUGGCUCCGUUGUACGACCACGAAGCCCAUAGUGCCGCUCACUAG